AACAAGCCAUUUGCCAAUUUUGAAGCUCGUCUUUUUCUCUCUUUAAUCUGGUUACCCUGCCGUUGGGAUCUCCUCCAGAGCUUCAAGCAUCAAUUUUUUUUCUUUUUGUGUUCUUCUCUUCUUUCUUCUCCGUCAUGUAUCUUCCUCUCGUGUUGAUGCUCUUCUUCGCUACCACAAUUGUUUCGAAGUACGGACCCAUCUACUGGAAAUGCUCCCAAGAUCAUUAUAUCCCUUCAAGCUCCUACGAAUUUAAUCUCCGCCUCCUCCUUACAAAUCUCACUACCUCUGCCUCAAAAUCCCAAAAUUUAUACUCCGCUCUGUCCACCAUUGGAGUCUCUGGCGUCGCCCAGUGCCGCCCAGACAUUACUCAGCUUGCAUGCGCUUUUUGUCUCAACGAUUCAUCUUCCAGCCAUGUCUGCAGGCAGAGCUUCUCCGCCGUCAUUUAUCGGGACUUAUGCCUCCUUAGCUAUAGAAACAACAGCUUCUCAUUUUCGACAGACCAUUUGACCUUAGGGACUGUCUCUAGUACCUUGAUAUCAUCGAAUUCGUACGACUUCGGGCGGCGGGUUGUGGAGCUCAUGUUGCGGAUCGCUUGGGAGGCGACGAUGUUGACGGAUAAGUUCGCGGUGGGGGUGGUGGACGCCGGCUAUGUGCAGAACCAGAAAAUUUAUGGAAUGGUGUGGUGCAUUAUGGAAUUGACGAGUAAGAAUUGCUUUGAUUGUUUGUUAAAUGGGGUGUCGCAGCUGCGGUACGCGUUAAGAGGAGGGAGUUUUUAUCAUUACAGCUGUCUUUUGAGGUUUGAGCUUUAUUUGUUCUUCGAUGAACAUUUCCUCGAGAAUACGACGUCGCUGGAGCUGGAUGCUGCUGGCGGUGCAGGUGGACAAGGCGAGUGUAGUCUCAAAUCUUGA